CGGCAUGGAUCAUGGUAUCGUUAAUGGUAAGGUGUCAACUCCACACAGCCGCCCAUACAUGGUCUACAUUCGUGACAAAUACAUGCAUGUUAAAGCAUGUGGUGGAUUUUUGAUAAGGGAAGAUUUUGUGUUGACGGCUGCCCACUGUAAAACAAACAUUAUUCAUCCCAUGGUGUAUUUGGGUGUUGAUGACACAAAAGAUUUACCUGAGGGUAUAGAGGUCGAUGCCUUUCCACAUGAAAGUUUUGCAAACGAGAAAGGUCACAACGACAUCAUGCUACUAAAGCUUAAUACAAGUGCAACUCUGAACGAGACCGUGAAAAUCAUUGGCCUGCCAAAAACUAGGGGGGAGGCAUUUCCAAGUAACUGCAUGGUCAUGGGUUGGGGCUGGCAAGAAUACACUUACACGUCUCCAUCAAGAGUCCUGAAAGAAGUGAACUUGACUCUUAUUCAGAACUGUGCCAAACCUCACACUAUAUGCACUGAGGGAGGAACCGGGCCAGCACAGGGGGACUCUGGCGGUCCACUUAUUUGUGGAAAUGUCCCACAUGGCAUUGUGUCUUACAACAAUGACUCAGGCAACAUUACGGUGUAUACUGAAAUCUCUCACUACCUUCAAUGGAUUCAUGACACCAUGAGAAGAUCUCCUUAAAGCAUCAUAAAUCAUGGAAGGCAAAGCUGGAUCAACUCAACAUUUUAAUAUGAAAGCAUGUCUGAUUUAAGUUCUUCUGCAAUUUUUAUGUACCUAAUUGAA